UGCAAAAAUGAAUCAUCUCCAGAUACUAGAUAGUCUGCUGAAGAAAAACUACGAUAGAAGGGCGACGCCGACAAACCACCUGAAUAAUGCUACCACGGUUCAUUGCGAGUUAUACAUUCGGAGUUUUGGAUCCAUUAGCCCGGUUACCAUGGAUUACGAAGUUGACCUGUAUUUGCGACAAAAGUGGCAAGAUGCGAGAUUGCAGCAUAAAGACAUAACGGAAUCGCUGGACCUAAAUGAUCCAAAUUUAGUCAAAGCCAUCUGGAAACCUGAAGUUUACUUUCCAAAUGCAAAACACGCAGAAUUCCAAUUCGUUACCGUGCCCAACGUGUUGAUACGCAUCAAACCUGAUGGAGAUAUACUUUAUAUGCUCAGAUUGAAGUUGACAUUUUCCUGCAUGAUGGACCUAUCUAAAUUCCCAUUGGACAAUCAAAUUUGCACGAUGGAAGUGGCCAGUUUUUCAAAAACUAUUGAAGAACUUCGAUUGGAGUGGAAAAAUACGGAUCCUGUACUAAUGGCCAAAGGAUUGAGAAUGCCUCAAUUUGAAAUUGUAAACAUCGUGCCUUCCGACUGUCAAGAAUCAUUUCAAAUAGGCAAUUACAGUUGUCUGGUGGCCCAGUUCUACCUGAGCCGUAGCGUGGGUUUCCAUCUGGUUCAGAGUUAUCUACCUACCAUGCUGAUCGUGGUCAUCUCCUGGGUGUCGUUUUGGAUGGACGUCGACUCGGUACCUGGCAGGACCACGCUCGGAGUGACGACGCUGCUGGCCGUCGGUUCGCAAUCUUCGGGUAUCCAAAGCGGUCUGCCGCAAGUCAGCUACGUCAAGGCCAUAGACGUGUGGAUGGGCACUUGUACAGCGUUCGUGUUUUGCGCUUUGCUAGAAUUCACGGUGGUCAACUAUAUGUGGAGAAAACUGAGGCCAGACAUAUUGAGAAACAUAUUAACGGAACCGGUGAACGGUGGCACCUCGGGCACAAAACCGUACGACGAAAAUCUACCCUCGUCGCCGGUCAUACCUGUCAGCGUGGUCAAGAAAAUCUUACAACAAGAGUGCGCCUAUUCGACGUCCGCGGAGACCAACACGGUGCUGGCGAGAAAGAUCGACGAAUACUCCAGACUGCUGUUUCCGGUCGCGUUCAUAGCGUUCAACGCGCUGUAUUGGCCGUAUUAUUUGCAAAACUAAAAAAAAAACACACACACCGCCUCCGCCGCCGCCACUACAGCAACGCCUAAGGGACAAAAUCCACGACCAGCGAAUAACACUCGCGCCUACAUACUAUACCAUAAUAUUCUCACUCUCCACAUAAUAAUGACUCCGUUACACCAGCGCAAUAGUAAUAAUAAUAACAAUCGUAAUAUAAAAAUGUAUUAUCGUCGCGGCUCUCUACGCGCGUGGGUUUAUUUCCCCGCGAAAUCUUAGCGAAAAAUAAAUACAAACGACGGCGAGUACGCACGUUGCAACAGCUGCUGCAGGCGGGUACCUACUUACAAGUGGCGACAUGUCGAUAUAAUAUCCUGCUACGGGGUGUGAUAUCCGACGGAUAUUUUCUACUCUAUAUGCGACGCGACAUCGUCACGUCAGCGGCGGCGGCGACGACGGAAUGAUAUUAUAGAAGAAGCCGCGUUAUGUCGUCAAGAAAACAAUACGUCGGCAUCUGGCCCGGACCGUAGUACGACCAACGUUGGUUUUUGUUUUUCCGUAAUAUUAUGUUUGAAUUCUGUUUUUUUCCCGUCUCGACAAAGACAACGGACGUUCACCGUAAACCACCCCUCCGGCGCACAGCACCGCCACGACCCACACGACCUACCCCGCGGUUUUCGCGCCCGCGCACAGAUAUUAUACAUUAUAAUAGUAUUAUACGUCAUAAUGAUAUACUCGUACAAACAGCCGGCUACACAAUUAUAUACAGAGCGGUUCACCGACCUCUAACAGUAGAUAUUUUAUUCAAAUUAUAAUUAUUGACGUUUUCUAGUGGGUGUAGUAAAAUUGUUAUAAAAACAAUAUUUUCAAAUUCGUACUUUAGAUUUCGGGGAGAGUCGCAGAAUUGUUAAUUUCAAACGUGAACUAACCUUUUUCGCUUUAAAAUGUUGAGCAGAUGGUUAUUUUUCAAAAUGUUGAAGUAUCAUAUUUAUUAAUUAUUAUAUUAUCACAUAUAACCGAAAAUCUCCAAACUAUUAACUUGGUAGUAGUAAAGAAAAUUGAAUUAUUUGACUAUUGUUGUAUGUGUAGAGGAUAGUAUAGAUAGGUACAUGAUAAGUUCGGAAUAUAAUAUAUGGGUAGUGGUAGUAACGAUUUUUAUUAUAAAUUAUAAAUAUUUAAAUGAAACUAAUUAACAUUUUAUAAAAUUUGUUAUAACUGUAUAAGUGAUACAUUUAAAUUAUAAAAUUAUAUAAUAUGCAGUAAAACUUCCAUAUAACGAAGUCAAAUAAGCAGCAAAAAAAAUAUCGUAAUUUUGGAGGAAUUCGUUAAAUAGAAUUAAGUAUUUUUUUCAACUUUUUUUAAAAAUUGUAUUGUAUGUAUGUAUAUAUACUUCUAUGUACGUUAUGUAAAAAACAACAUCAAAUAUAACAUUAUAGUUUAAUUUAGUUUUUAAUUUUAUAAUUCAAAAGAAAUAAUUAUUGAGUUUUGUUUCCUUAUUAUUUUUAUAAAUUGUACUUUUUAAAUUUGAUGUAAAACCAUUAUUGGAUACUGUUAUCAGUAAUCGUCCUUAAUUGUAAUAACUCAAAAACUACUGGUUUGAAUUUAAAUUUAGAUUUUUAUUUAAACAUUUUAAAAAUAAUCAUCAACUCAACAACAUUUACCGUAAAUUGUGGUCUAAAAUAUAAGUAUUUAAAACUUAGGUGGCGCUUAAAAAUUCCCAAAAUUAUAAUUUGAAUAAAUGCAUCAUUAAAGGAAAAAAACCGGUGGUGAGCUUGAGUGAUUAAUCACUCUGUAUAUAAUGUAUGCUAUACACCGAGAAAACGUAAUCCGCGGACUAUCCCCUGCAUUAUACUGCUUAAACGCAUAUACGUACCAUAUAAUAUAUUCUCGUCCGUUUUUGUUAUUUUUCUCUUAUUUUAAUUCCCGUGCAGUACGAGACAGUUGUUGGUAGGCGCCUCUGUGGGUACCGAGGUGAUACUUUUAUGGCCUCACAAUGGUUUCUUCGGUGAACGUUUAUGUUUUUGAAAAUAUGCUUUUGCUCACACAUUUUGAAGUCUUCUUGACGAAAAAAAAAUUAUUUAAAAACACAGAAAUUUACCGGAAAAAUGACUGUGAAGUGGUGGUAAACGGAUCGCUCUGUAUAUAUGCGCGUGUACAAAAUUACUAUACAAGCCGAAUACGAUUACAUCGCAAUAAUAAUGAGAUUAUGUUGACGGUAAUUCGAGAUCACCGCGGUUUGUAUCUUUAUGUAUUCGUCUAAUAAUAAUAACUCAGUCCGAAAAACUAUAGUCCCCUUCAAUCCUUGUCGUUCAUUCGCUACGCGUUUUAAUUUGCGCAAUUUAAUAUAAAAAUUCAUCUCAUGUAUCGUCCGUCCUCCUACAUAAAUUCUAUUACAUCCGGUCACUUUUGAACCAAAAGGAAAAGUUUUAAUACAAACUAUGGUUAUAAUAAAUUACAUUUUUAACAUUUCGCAUCCAUCAUUAAUACGUUUCACUGUAAAUAAAAAUACACUUAUUUAUAAAUAAUAAUACACUAUACUAAGUUACCCGAUAACACAUAUUUAAUACGGUUUUUUUGUUGGGAAUCUUUAAAUAAAAAUUAUUUUCUAAGGACUAGCCACCCCCAUCAUACUUAUAGGUAGGUAUUGAUUAAACGACAUUAUAUCAUGUAUUUAAUAUAAUAUAAUAUGUAUUAUAAUUACAGUACGGAUUUUUAAUCAUUCAAUAGCUAUUGAAAAAGCAUUUAAAAUAAGGCUCUAGAAAAUCAUUUAAAAACAUAACUAUCUGUUUUUAACAUUUUUUUAUUAUUAA